UUUGGUGCCACUGAACCUUCGUCAGUUCCGGCUGGAUGCAGUGAGGAGCAUGAUACUGAGAAAGUUCAGUCGCCGGCGAAUCUUGGUACUAUGCAUCGCCUUGGUGUUGCUCACCACUGUAGUUGAUGGUCCACCAGGUCCCGGUGGUCUUCCUGGUCCAAAAGGUCCUGUUGGUUUGAAAGGUGCAAAAGGUGAACGGGGCGACACAGGUCGUGACGGAGAUGAAGGUGCCCGUGGUGAUCCUGGCGCGCCAGGUCCAAUGGGACGUCCAGGACCGCGUGGGGACCCAGGACCCAUGGGUCCACCUGGAACUCCUGGUCAAAUCGGUCCUUCUGGUGCUGAUGGCCCACCGGGUCCUCAAGGACUAAUGGGACCGCAAGGUUUGCCCGGUCAGCCAGGUGAACCUGGACCAGUUGGAGGUCGUGGGUCUACCGGCGAAACUGGUUUACCGGGGCCCUCGGGCGAUCCGGGUCGGCCCGGAUUGGAUGGACCACCUGGUGUUGAUGGCGAACAAGGACCGCAGGGUCCCGAAGGAAAGGAUGGCCGGCCAGGACCCAAAGGAGACACAGGAUUCCGAGGGCCGGUAGGACCUGAGGGAAUGCCUGGACCACGAGGUUCUACCGGUGCUCCAGGAAUGCCAGGAGAACAAGGUGCAAAAGGUGCUGUUGGUGAAACCGGUCCACCAGGCAACCGUGGACUACCAGGCAAUGCAGGUCAACCGGGAGGUAUUGGAUUGCAAGGGCCUCAGGGUCCACCUGGGGCACCAGGAAAAGAGGGAAUCAUGGGGGCCCGUGGUAUGCCUGGUCCCAAAGGUUCCACAGGUGCUAUGGGUGCUUCAGGUUCUCCGGGAAGACCAGGAGUUGAUGGACGACCUGGUCUCCCAGGUCCGCCAGGCAAGACUGGUUCACUUGGAAGGGCCGGUCCACGUGGAGAGCCAGGUCAGAGUGGCGUGGUUGGAAAACCAGGACGGACCGGUCCUGUUGGUUCCCCUGGUGAGAAUGGACGGGAUGGAACACCUGGCACCGUGGGCCAACCAGGACCUCGCGGCCCACCAGGCAAACCUGGCCAAAGCGGUCAUCCAGGAGUGGCAGGAGCGGCUGGUCCACCAGGGCCUCAGGGUAACAUCGGGCAUCAGGGUCCCCAAGGAGAGCGUGGUCUUCCGGGGCCUGCUGGUCCCGCUGGCGUCAAAGGUGAAAAGGGAAUGAGGGGUUAUCCUGGAGACGCUGGUGCGGCUGGAGAUGCUGGAGCUACCGGACCACAAGGUAAACCAGGUCCAAUGGGCGAAAGAGGAGGAGUUGGACCUGUUGGGAACGUUGGCGCCCCUGGACAAAUUGGCAUCCGUGGAGCCGUCGGGGCCCCUGGAGAUCCUGGAAAAGAUGGUCAACCAGGCACUAACGGUUCUGAUGGUGAAGCUGGAGUACCCGGUCAACCUGGACCUCAAGGUCCAAUGGGACAAGCUGGCCCUCCCGGCCCACGUGGAGGCCCUGGUGAACCGGGCGAGAAAGGCAAUAUGGGUCCCAUAGGGAUUCCCGGAAGAAUGGGUGUCAUGGGAAUACCUGGUGCACCAGGACAACCUGGUCCAGAUGGAGCACCCGGCCCCAGAGGUGACCGAGGCAUUUCCGGGAUCAAUGGACUACCAGGUCAGGAUGGACAACCGGGACCUCAGGGACUGCGUGGACCCCGGGGAGCGCCCGGCAUUAUUCAAAUUCUGGCUACCAGUCAAGCACUUAUGAUUGGUUCUCCCGGUGAUAUGGGUGAAGUAGGAGUGACUGGAGAACCUGGAAUACCCGGUUUAGAUGGACAAGAAGGUCCGUCAGGUCCACCAGGAGCUGUCGGAAUUUCAGGCAAACGCGGACCAGCAGGUCCUCCUGGAGCACCUGGAAUUCCUGGAAAAAGUGGAGCACCUGGUUCUCCUGGGUCUCCUGGCAGCACAGGUCCAGUCGGCAUUCAAGGACCUCCUGGAAUUCCUGGUCCCGUGGGCGCACCAGGAGAGACUGGUCUAGUAGGACCCCAAGGAUUGCCUGGACGGCAAGGAUCGCAAGGUGUCUUGGGUAAAUCAGGUCUUCCUGGAGCGCAAGGAGAACCCGGUAUUCAAGGUAAACCCGGAAACAUUGGACCGGUUGGACCACCCGGUGUCCCAGGCAAAGACGGGGAGUCUGGUGAUCCUGGACUUCCUGGAGCAGCGGGCGAAAUAGGUGAAGUUGGGAGUCCUGGUGCUCCUGGUCGAGAUGGUAUUGCUGGAGCAAUGGGUAUGCGCGGGAUGACAGGUGGGCCAGGACCUCGUGGACCACAAGGACCACAGGGACCCAGUGGCCCUCAAGGAGCGGCAGGUCCAACAGGACCCGAGGGACCACCUGGAGAAAGGGGGCCAAAAGGAGCCGAAGGUUCACCCGGCGCCGAAGGGCCUGAGGGCCCUCCUGGACCAGAUGGGCCACAAGGAGCAGAAGGACCGGUUGGACCCGUUGGUGAACCUGGACUUGAUGGAUUUCGUGGGCUUCGUGGACCGCCGGGUGAUCCAGGGCCUGUUGGCGAACUGGGACCACCAGGAGAACGUGGACGGCAAGGACCGGCAGGUGAACGAGGAACAUCUGGCAAGCCCGGUACGCCUGGGGAGGCCGGUUUAAAGGGGCCUCCAGGAGAGAACGGAAAAGAUGGGGAGGACGGUGCAGCGGGGUUACCGGGGAGUCCCGGACCUAGGGGCCAUCCUGGCUGGUCUGGUCCUCCUGGGCCAAUCGGACCUCCUGGUCCUGACGGAGCACGAGGUGAUCCUGGGGAAGUGGGAGCUCCGGGUAAUCCUGGCCCGCCAGGCGAAAGUGGACCCAUCGGCGAGACAGGAGCUAAAGGUAUCAAGGGAAUGCGUGGUGAUGCAGGAGCGUCUGGGCCAUCUGGUCCCCUUGGAAGAGAUGGGCCUCCUGGUCCUCCUGGUCCAAUGGGUCCACCGGGACCACCUGGACCACCAGGCAUGCAUUCGGUCUAUGUGCCAACCAUAGCCAGAGACUCAGGCAGAGGAAAAGGAAAGGGCAUCUUUUCUGAUGAUCCACUAGCAAUGACAAUUCUCGGGACAGCAACAAAUCAAAAACCCAAAGGCACCAAAAAGUCGCCGGCUAUUAAUUGCAAACAGCUAGCAACACUGUACCCCAAUCUUCAAGAUGCACUCUAUUGGAUUGAUCCCAAUGGCAAUGAAAUAACCGACGCAGUUCAAGUCUUCUGUCGAAUGUCGACUGGCGAAACGUGUGUUCCUGCGAAACAGGCGGUUGUCACCGGAACUGAGGACGAUGAAAUCACUUAUGAAGUGGAUGGUACUCAACUGAGUUUCUUGAAACUGUACAGUACGUCUGCAAGUCAAUCUAUUUCAACUUCCUGCCACAUCCAAGUGAAUGACUACUCAGUUCCUAACAAAACCAACACUCUCUAUGCUGAUAACGGAGUGGAAAUAACGGGCAAUCACCCGCAUUUACGAUAUAGCGAACGAAAGGAACAAUGCACGAGCGAGUACCCAGCCAGCAGAUUGACGUUAGAAGUACGAGGACCUUCCAGUCGAUUGCCUGUUCGAGACAUCCUACUGGACGCGAGUCUUUCCUCCGUAGGAUCAGUCCAGGUUGGGCAGGUCUGUUUUCAAUGAUUUAUAAAACACGUUUCUGCGUAUUUGUCCACGACUGACAGAGAGUUUGAAGACAGAGUUCUCUUGUGAACCGCAGACGCCACUGUACUUAUGGCUGAUUGCAGAAAUGUGCACAACUUCCAGCAGUUUGCUUUCUUGUGAUUUGUCGUGUAUUCCCGACCAGCGGAAUAUAAGUUUUCUUACAU